AAGUGUAAAUCAUUGACUGUCUUUUUAAAAGCAUAUCUUAUCAUUUUAAUAAACUUGAAAAGCUUGACCGAUUAUAAAUAACCAAACACACUAAAGGAUUAUCAUACAGUGCAGGUGUCAAAAUCCUCUUUGUUUGUAUUCGUACAGCGGGAUGGAAAAUACUAAUUAUAUACAAUUCUUAGCAAUGCGUCUGCCACAAGAUGUCAAUAAUAUGGAUGAUACUAUAGAAGUAAUAUCAACUCAUUAUGAAAUCAUAGAAAUUAAAAAGUUUCCUCCGCGGCAGCCAAGAAAAUCUAUCCUGGAUGGCUUAAAAAUAAUUCAAGACGAAGCUACAAGAAAGAAACUUGUACGUGGUGUAUUACUGAUAGGGGGAAUAUUUAUUUUUCUUAGUGGAGUUUUAUUGAUUGUAUCAUUUAGUAUGUCAAAGAAUAUUGAUGAUAUUGUUCGAAAUUCAAACGAAUUACUACGACAUCAGAAGCAAAUUCAAGAAAUAUCAGAACGAACAGAGAUAAUUUUAAAUGCUACAAUCGCUUGACAGAAACAUAGUUCAUAUAUUUAUUCAGUCACGUUACAGCAUAAACUUCAUUCAACACUUAUCUUAUUGCAUUCCUUUCAUAGAAAUAAAUGGUCCAUUUAUAUCUGUUAAUACAAAAAAAAAAUGAUUUCAAAACUAGUUAUGUCAGAAACAUGUUUGGGUUGCCGAAACAUGAGUUUGGUACGUUUGGUCUUCAACAAUUACUUUUUAUAAACAUUGUUGUCCCUGAAAUAUUUUAACUUUAAAUGUUUCCUUUUAUAUGUAUAUCUGAAA